CUGUCUUUCCAUCACUUUAAAAGAACACAGAAAGAAAGAGAGGGACAGAAAGAGCAACAGAGACCAGAGCAACAACCCCCCCUCAAGAAAGGACACACAGGAUAUACAUACAUUUAUGAAAGACACCCUACUCUUCUCCAUUCUCCUUUUCAAGGAGGGCAUUUUUCUUCCCUUUCCCCCCCUUUCCUUUUCUACCCCGAUUUUUUCCUCUGAGAUCCCGGUUUUGUCAAUUUGCGGCUCCUGAACUUCUCUGGGAUUUCAGGUGAGGCGCGCGUGUGUAGUGUGUGGUGCUUCUUCAGAACAAUUUUUUAAUUACCUAUCAUGGCUCACGCGGCCUCCCAGCUGAAGAAGAAUCGGGGGGAAGUGGAUGUGAAUGCGAUAGAGGACGAGAAGGAGAAGCGGAGGAAGAGCAGGAGAACAGCGUCCCGGGAACAAAAGAGAAAGUCUGACAGUAAUGCCAGUUACUUGCGAGCUGCUCGGGCAGGGAACCUUGAGAAGGUCCUUGACUACCUCAAGUCUGGGGUGGAAAUAAACAUUUGCAAUCAGAAUGGUCUGAACGCUCUUCACCUAGCCUCCAAGGAGGGGCACGUAGAGGUUGUCGCCGAGCUGCUGAAGCUUGGAGCCGCUGUGGAUGCAGCCACAAAGAAAGGAAACACUGCUCUGCACAUAGCCUCGCUGGCUGGCCAAACGGAAGUCGUCAAAGAGCUGGUCACUAAUGGAGCCAAUGUCAAUGCACAGUCUCAGAAUGGCUUCACUCCUCUGUACAUGGCAGCUCAGGAGAAUCACCUGGAGGUGGUGCGGUUCCUUCUGGAGAACAGCGCCAGCCAGAGUAUGGCCACUGAGGACGGCUUCACCCCUCUCGCCGUCGCUCUCCAGCAGGGCCAUGACCAGGUGGUGUCCCUGCUCCUGGAGAACGAUACAAAGGGCAAGGUGCGCCUGCCUGCCCUGCACAUCGCCGCCCGCAAGGAUGACACCAAGGCCGCGGCCCUGCUCCUGCAGAACGACCACAACGCGGACGUAGAGUCGAAGAGCGGUUUCACCCCCCUCCACAUCGCGGCUCACUAUGGCAACAUCAAUGUGGCCACGUUAUUGCUGAACCGAGGAGCUGCAGUGGACUUCAUGGCUCGGAAUGACAUCACACCACUUCAUGUGGCAUCGAAAAGGGGCAACAGCAACAUGGUCAAGCUGCUUCUGGACAGAGGGUCCAAAAUUGAUGCAAAGACCAAGGAUGGCCUGACACCUCUUCACUGUGGGGCGAGGAGCGGACACGAGCAGGUGGUAGAAAUUCUACUCGACCGAGGAGCACCUAUCCUAUCCAAGACCAAGAAUGGUCUGUCACCGCUCCACAUGGCCACUCAGGGCGACCACCUGAACUGUGUCCAGCUGCUACUCCAGCACGACGUCCCGGUGGACGACGUCACCAACGACUACCUUACGGCACUGCACGUUGCUGCCCACUGUGGUCACUACAAGGUGGCAAAGCUCAUUGUGGACAAGAAGGCCAACCCAAAUGCCAAGGCCUUGAAUGGUUUCACUCCACUUCACAUCGCCUGUAAGAAGAACCGAGUCAAAGUGAUGGAGUUGUUGCUCAAACAUGGAGCAUCUAUCCAGGCUGUUACUGAGUCUGGUCUCACACCCAUCCAUGUGGCUGCCUUCAUGGGCCAUGAGAACAUUGUUCAUGCACUGACGCACCACGGAGCAUCACCCAACACCACAAACGUGCGAGGAGAGACAGCUCUCCACAUGGCAGCCAGGGCAGGGCAAGCAGACGUCGUCCAGUACCUGCUUAAGAACGGAGCAAAGGUGGAAACCAAGUCCAAGGAUGAUCAGACAGCGCUGCACAUCUCAAGUCGACUGGGGAAAGUCGAGAUCGUCCAGCAGCUGCUGCAGUGCGGCGCCUCUGCCAACGCUGCCACCACCUCAGGCUACACCCCACUUCACCUGGCUGCCCGCGAAGGACACCACGAUGUUGCUGCCAUGCUGCUCGAUAACGGAGCCUCACUCGCUGCCUCAACAAAGAAAGGGUUCAGUCCACUGCAUGUGGCAGCAAAGUACGGCAAGAUGGAGGUGGCCAGUCUGCUCCUGCAGAAGAGAGCUGCUCCUGAUGCUGCUGGAAAGAGUGGACUAACACCACUGCACGUAGCCGCUCACUACGAUAAUCAGAGAGUGGCACUGCUGCUGUUGGAUCAGGGAGCUUCACCGCACGCUGCUGCUAAGAAUGGCUACACUCCGCUCCACAUCGCUGCCAAAAAGAACCAAAUGGACAUCGGGACCACGUUGCUGGAGUACGGAGCGGACACCAACGCAGUGACGCGGCAGGGCAUCAGCCCCAUUCACCUGGCAGCGCAGGAGGGCAGCGUGGACCUGGUGUCACUGCUGUUGACCAAGAAUGCCAACGUCAAUGUGUGCAAUAAGAGCGGACUAACACCACUUCACUUAGCAGCUCAGGAGGACAAGGUCAAUGUCGCCGAAGUCCUUCUCAACCACGGGGCCGAUGUCAACCUACAAACAAAGAUGGGUUACACUCCACUGCACGUGGCCUGUCACUAUGGCAACACUAAGAUGGCCCACUUCCUGCUGCAGAACCAAGCCAGAAUCAAUGCCAAAACCAAGAACGGGUACAGUCCUCUUCACCAGGCUGCUCAGCAAGGCCACACCCACAUCAUCAACCUGCUGCUUCAGCACGGGGCCUCGGCCAACGAUCUCACCGUGAACGGGAACACUGCCCUUUCCAUCGCCCACCGUCUCGGCUACAUCUCCGUGGUGGACACACUGAGGCCCAUGACAGAUGAAAACCUGACGACCAUGAGUGCAUCAGAAAAACACAAAAUCAAUGUUCCAGAGACCAUGAACGAGUUCCUCGACGUGUCCGACGACGAAGUCCGGGCCAAUGUGCCAGAAAUUCUCAGUGAGGAGUCUUAUUCAGAUGUUGAUGAAGGUGAGGAUGCGAUGACCGGUGACACGGACAAAUACCUGCGGCCCCAGGACCUCAAGGAGCUGGGGGACGACUCCCUCCCUCAGGAGGGUUACAUGGGUUUCAGCAUAGGAGCUCGCUCAGCUAGCCCUAGACUCAGCCUCCGCUCCUUCAGUUCGGAUAGGUCCAACACACUCAACCGGAGCUCAUUUGCACGAGACAGCAUGAUGAUUGAAGAGAUUCUGGCCCCCACAAAGGACACGCUUCAGAGUGUCUGUAAAGACAUUUCCUACUUGGUUGACCCACUCAAUAAGCAUCUGGCAGUGACGAGAGACAUCAGCACAGAGUGCAUGCGGCGUUACAGCUGGACUCCAGACACUAUGGACCACAGCCACAACACCGUGUCCAGCCCCAUUCACUCUGGCUUGUCCUCCCCACUCCCACAGUAUGACUCCAGGUUCUUGGUCAGCUUCAUGGUGGAUGCCCGCGGGGGCUCCAUGAGAGGAAGCCGCCACAAUGGCAUGCGCAUCAUCAUCCCUCCCAGGAAGUGCACAGCGCCUACACGCAUCACCUGCCGCUUAGCCAAAAGGCACAAGCUGGCCUACCCUCCGCCCAUGGUGGAGGGAGAGGGGCUGGUCAGCCGGCUGGUGGAGGUCGGACCGGCUGGGGCUCAGUUUCUCGGUCCGGUGAUUGUAGAAAUCCCUCAUUUUGGUUCCAUGCGGGGAAAAGAGAGGGAGCUGAUUGUGUUGAGAAGUGACAAUGGCGACACGUGGAAGGAGCACCAGUCCGACGCCAGAACAGAAGACCUUGUUGACCUGUUGACUGGAAUGGAUGAAGAGCUGGACAGCCCCAUUGAGUUGGAGAAGAAGCGCAUUUGCCGCAUUGUCACCAGAGACUUCCCUCAGUAUUUUGCCGUGGUUUCACGGAUAAAGCAGGAGUCAAACCACAUGGGUCCUGACGGAGGCGUUCUGUCCAGCAGCACUGUGCCCAUGGUGCAGGCAUCAUUCCCACAGGGGGCGCUCACCAAGAAGAUCCGUGUUGGCCUGCAGGCCCAGCCUGUACCAGAUGACAUGGCGAGGGCUAUUCUUGGAAACAGAGCCACCUUCAGUCCCAUCGUCACCGUGGAGCCCAGGAGAAGAAAGUUCCACAAGCCGAUCACAAUGACGAUCCCUGUCCCACCCAGGUCGGCAGAAGGUCACCCCAGCGGCCGCAGAGGAGACGCUGCGCCCUGCCUACGUCUGCUGUGCAGCAUCACAGGAGGGACGUCCCCUGCCCAGUGGGAGGACAUCACAGGGACCACACCACUGUCCUUCGUCACUGAUUGUGUCUCCUUCACCACAAAUGUGUCGGCCAGGUUCUGGCUCGCAGACUGUCACCAGAUUCCUGAGACGGUAAGUCUAGCGUCUCAGUUAUACCGGGAGCUGAUCUGCGUGCCGUAUCUGGCCAAGUUUGUGGUGUUCGCCAAGAUGAACGACAUUAUUGAGGCUCGGCUGCGUUGCUUCUGCAUGACGGACGAUAAAGUGGACAAGACCCUGGAGCAGCAGGAGAACUUUGAAGAAGUGGCCCGGAGCAAAGACAUCGAGGUUCUUGAAGGCAAGCCUAUCCACGUGGAUUGCUACGGCAACCUCUCCCCUCUGGUCAAGAGCGGCCAGCAGUUGGUUUUUAACUUCUACUCCUUCAAGGAAAACAGACUUCCAUUCAAUGUGAAGAUUAGAGAUAUGGGCCAGGAGCCAUGCGGACGCCUCUCCUUCUUGAGAGAGCCAAAAUCCUCUAAAGGCCUUCCGCAGACUGCCAUAUGCAAUUUGAAUAUCACACUGCCAACCCACCGGAAGGAUAUGGAGUCUGAUCCUGAUGAUGAGACUGAAAAGCCAGAACGACGUCAUACCUUUGCCUCCUUAGCUUUGCGUAAGCGCUACAGCUAUUUGACCGACCCAGCAGCGAAAACAACUGAUCGAAGCUCGACGAGAACACAGCCUUCUAGCUACCCUCACAAACCUGUCUUUUCAACGAGAUCUUAUCAGGCGUGGUCGCCUGUUCCUGUCCCCGUCCCUGGCCAAGCCAAAUCUGGGUUUGGCUCCCUCUCCAGUUCAUCAUCCAACACACCCUCUGCCUCUCCAUUAAAGUCUGUGUGGUCCAUCAACUCUGCCUCCCCCAUCAAGACCAAUAUCCCUGGUUCACCUGCCUCGUCUGUUAAGUCAGUUAGUGACAUGGCGUCCCCCAUACGAUCUUACAGAACCAUCUCCUCUCCUAUAAAAACUGUGGUCCAACAAUCCCAAUACCCAAGCCAGAUUUCCCAGAGUCCCCUGGCCUCACCAGGGAAAAGUUCCCCAGAUCCUCUGUCUAUGAAAGGGCUGGCAACAUUGUCUGCUAGGACCUCCCCUAUAACUGUCUCUGGAGGAAGUGCUCUUCUUGAAAGAACAUCCAUAGGCAUGACCCCACCAACCUCCCCCAAAUCUUCACUGAGCAUGUUUAGUUCACCCCUACCAUACAAGACUGUUAUGGGGGGCUCCGGUGGCACAUCAGCAUCGUCCUCACCAAUAAAAACAGUCCCCGGUCUCUCAUCUAUGCGUUCCUUUGCUUCCGAUGUCACUGGCCCUGCAAGGAACCUGUUCUCAUCUCUUUCAUCACCACUCAAAUCCAACAACUCUCCUCCAAGUGCUGCAUCUCUAAUCAAUGGAACUGUGUCAUCUACACAUUACCGCUCUUCAUCCCCAACACAUCUCCAUAGUAGCCUGCAAGAGAGAAUACAGGCAACCACCAAUGCUGCAACUACAAAUGUCAAUGCAGCCUUUGAUGAGGUUGAGAAAACACUAAAUUCUUGUUCUGCAGGCUACGGCACUUUGAAGUCCAUGUCCUCUUCUGCUUCCUCCUCUUUUCAGUCGAUGAGGUCUUCAGCUUCUAAUUCCCUUUAUGCCACACUAAGAUCCCCUCCUAAUGUCACCACAGCUGUUACAUCCAGUACAGUGACUGUUCCAGUGUAUUCUGUCAUUAAUGUGAUGCCAGAGCCUCAGUUUAAAAAGUUACCUGAGGUGUCCAAGUCAGCUGCUGCCCUCCUGUCCCCACGGAAGACCAUGCCUACUGAGGUGAAUGCUCAGUUGCAGUCAUCCUUUGCCAGAACUCUCUCCCCCAUCAAAGCCUCUCUUUUUUCUGCUGGCUUGAAAUCAAACACCACAUCACCACUGUCAUCCAGCCAGGAGAUUUUGAAGGAUGUAGCUGAAAUGAAAGAAGACUUGAUACGGAUGUCAGCCAUUUUGCAGACAGACCCAAACUCCACAGCCAACAAAGGAUUUCAAUCUGAUUCUCCCAAGGAGGUUAAGAUGGUUGAGGAUGAGGAGCCGUAUAGGAUUGUGGAAAAAGUAAAACAAGAUUUAGUAAAAGUCAGUGAAAUCCUUACCAAAGAUGCUGCGAAAGAUGGUAGGGUCUCCCUCUCAAGGGGCUCUUUGGAUGACAUUCAUUUUUCAAAAGUACAGGUUGAACAACCACCAAGCAACUGGAGCUAUCCACCAAGAUAUGAGACUGUGGUUCCUCAGGCCAAAUCAAAAACAAUACCAGAUAGGGAUUUCAAUCUGUCCAAAGUGGUAGACUACCUAGCUAAUGAUGUUGGUAAUAGUUCUUUCUCCAAAAUGCAUGACACAAAGCAUAAAGCAGAUGAAGGCAAGAGAGAAGGAGAGGGCAAGGAGAAGCAGAAACGUAUCCUAAAACCCACCAUAGCAGUUCAGGAGCAUAAGCUCAAAAUGCCUCCAACAAACAUGCGCUCUUCCCCUUCAGACAAAGAAAUCAGUAAAGUAGCAGAUGCCCUUUUUGGAGCAGACACUGUGCUAGAAUCCCCUGAUGAUAUCUCACAUGAGCAGGAUAAAAGCCCCCUCUCAGACAGUGGUUUUGAGACCAGGAGUGAAAGGACACCCUCUGCCCCUCAAAGUGCAGAAGGCAUGGGCCCCAAGGCCCUUUUUCAGGAUAUCCCAGUUCCGCCAGUUAUCACUGAGACUAGAACUGAGGUUGUUCAUGUCAUCAGAAGCUAUGAGUCCCCAGAGGACAACAAACAAUCUCUAAUGGAGGAAACACAUCCUAUCAGAUAUACUGAUUCAGAUUCUAAAGGGCAUCUAAAUCAAGCCACACCAACUCCAGAACAGAAUAAAUGCUAUUCAGUAAAGGUCAUCCCUGAUGAGGAUCCAAUGGGAAAAGGGAUGAGGGUAAAGGAGGAGACUCACAUCACUACCACCACCAGGAUGGUGUACCACAAACCUGGCAAAGACACACCCUCUGAGAGAUGUGAGGAAACUAUGUCUGUACAUGACAUAAUGAAGGCUUUUCAGGCAGGCAAAGACCCUUCAAGAGAACUGGCUGGACUGUUUGAACACAAAACUGGCAAUGAAGAGACGUCACAGAGAAUCCUUGAGGACGUCAACUCCAAACCUAAAGUUGAAAGAAUUAUUGAGGUUCACAUUGAAAAGGGAAACAAAACAGAACCAACAGAGGUAAUCAUCAGAGAGACAAAAAAUCACGCAGAAAAGGAAAUGUAUUACUACCCUGGAAACAGACAAGAAGACGAGCCUGAAGAAUCACUUCCGGUGUACACACCAAUGGCACAGGAGGAAGACAGUCGCCCUAGUUCAGCCCAGCUUAUGGCAGAUGACUCUUACAAAACACUAAAGCUACUUAGCCAGCAAUCUGUAGAGUACAAUGAGGAUGAAUCAUCAGAACUUAGGGGAGAAUCUUAUAAUUAUGCAGAAAAAAUGCUACUCUCUGAGAAAUUUGACCAGUCUCAUUCUGACUCUGAGGAAUAUCUGAGAGAUAGGUCUCACUUCCACUCACCAGACAGAAACAGUCACAGUGAAGGUAGACCACUUGGGCAAAGGACAGAGUAUAUCUUCAGGUCUCCAAGAAAUGUCUUUGACAAAUCUGGACGAAUGACUAAUGUGGAAGAUAACUUUGACAAACUGACACUUUUGCAGUAUUCUUCUGAGCCUGGUAGCCCAAAGCAGUCUGUUUGGAUGCGUGUGCCAGAUGACACACAGUGUGAGGACAGAAAACAGAUUAUGUAUGAGGACAGAGUGGACAGGACUGUAAAAGAGGCACAGGAAAAACUCAGUGAGGUAUCUCAGUUUUUUCGUGAUAGAACAGAACAGCUCAAUGAUGAGCUCUCUUCGCCAGAGAAGAAAUCUCGCAGACCUGAUUUCAGAGAAUCGCGAUCAGGGCCAAGCUCUACACACAGCAGUCCAGAGAGGUCAGCUUAUAGAAAUGGGGGUAGUGGUGAAGAGUGGAGCAGAGAACGGCUCAGAGAUAGGUUCGGCACCAGUGACAGGAAAUGUGCCAGCUUACCCAGCAGUCCAGAGAGGAGAGUAUUGCUGCAGUUUAGUGAUUCUGACUCAAGAAAACAAGGAGAUGGCAAAACACAAGGAAUAUCAAGUGAAAGCUCUAAACAGUUCCAAAUAUCCUCUUCAAAAGUGAAUGCAGUGAGGCUAAAGUUUGAACAAGAAGCUCAAAGGCAGGAUAGAACUCCUCAAGGUGUCCAAAAUGCAAAUCCACCUAUCAGGAAACUUCAUGAAAGUAAGCUUCCAGUAUAUCAGGUGUUUGCUGGUUCAAAUAUUCCUAAAACACCAGAAAGCCCAGUAAACCAGAGGAGAUGUUUAGAUAGUGAGACAAAUAAGUGCAGCCCCAAGCAAAUGGCCAGUGGAAAGGUUCAAGAAGAGAGCCAAGGGUAUGGAAGCUAUAAGCCACAAUCGCCCAAACUAUCGCAUUCUUUAAUUCAUGAGUCAAUGAAAGAUGGCAAUAAUAGUGAUUCUCAAAGACAAGAAACGACCAAGAAAAUAAUCUACACAGAAUUUGUUGUUCGAGAAAGUCCAAAUUCCAAUGAUAGUCUAAAAAAAAACUCGGAAUCGCAAAUUCCUCUUAGAAAGCCAUCUAAUUUCUCCGAAAAUCGCAAAUCCACCUCUUCAAAAUUAGAAGACUCUGCUGAACCACACGACAGGACAGGGUGUCAUAUUCCGACUUUAGCUAGAAAUCGGGUACACAGUAGCUCUGAAUCUAAUAAGUCCACUCGAGGAUCAUCAGUAGGGAAAUCCAUUGACUCAUCAGAUGGUAGCCAAUCAAGCAUAGUGUGUAAUGGUGUUGAUGGCAGCCCAAUAGAGUAUUUGGAUCCAGUUACCCCUGCAGUUGUAUCAGAGGGUAUCAAAGAUAUUAAACCCUUACCUGUGUAUGUUAGCAUCCAAGUAGGGAAGCAGUAUGAGAAAGAAACGGCCUUAGGGCAGUUGGGGACAUACAAAAAGAUAGUAAGCCAUGAGAGUAGGACAGUACAUGAGACUCGGGGUGCAUUUUACUCUGUUAAACAAAAACAGUCUCCAUCUCCUCAAGGAAGUCCAGAAGACGACACUUUAGAACAAGUGACUUUCAUGGACAGCUCUGGGAAAAGUCCUGUUACCCCAGAGACCCCCAGCUCAGAGGAUGUAAGCCUGACCUCAAGAGCACCAGACACUUUGAUAGGCCAAAUGACUGGUAUGCCAAGCCCUAUUCCAGAGGAAUCUGAGGAGGAGGAAGGAAAGACCUUCACUUACAAGGAGCCCUCAAAGGAAAAAUCGAAGCCAGCUUCUUCAGACAAUCACAGCAAAAAUCAAGAUGUAGAGAGACAAAAGUCAAAGGAAAAGAGAGUGGCUUAUAUAGAGUUCCCUCCACCUCCUCCUUUAGAGGCAGAGCAGUCUAACCCUGAGAAAAGGGGGAAACGUGUUUCCUCUGAGGCAGACACAGAAAUGAUGGAGGUGAAUCUCCAGGAGGAGCAUGAUAGGCACCUUUUAGCUGAGCCAAUCAUCAGGGUCCAGCCACCAUCUCCCAUUCCCCCUGGUGCUGAUAACAGUGAUUCUAGUGAUGAUGAGUCUGUCUUCCAUCCUGCCCCGGUCAAAAAGUACACUUUCAAAAUGAAAGAGGAGGGAGAUAAGUGCCCAAAACAAAAACGACUAGAGAAAAAUGGAAAUAAUAAGGAGUCUGGGGUUAAUGGUGUAGUAAAGGAAGAAGAUGUUGACUUCGAACAAAAUGGCAAUGACCAGUCAAUCACUGACUGCUCUAUAGCAACCACUGCUGAGUUCUCCCAUGACACUGAUGCAACUGAAAUAGACUCUUUAGAUGGGUAUGACCUUCAGGAUGAGGAUGAUGGACUGAGUGAAGACCCUAAAACAUCGAGCCUGUCUCAUGAUGGUAAAACAACUGACCGUCCAUUUAGUCAGUCUAAGCUUGAAGUGAUAGAGGAAGAGAAAUGUGAAGAAGCAGGGGAUAAAACCAGUGCAUCUUCAACAAAAGGCAGUGGAGAAGAAAAAGAUUAUACGCUUGAAGGAAGACAUCCAGAGAGGCAGGGCUUUGGGGACAACUACUUUGCCUACCAACUUGAAGAGGAGCUGAACUCAACCUUUAAGACUGUUGCCACCAAAGGCUUGGACUUUGACCCCUGGUCCACCAAAGGGGGUGAUAACGAGGGACUUUAUGAGUCUAAAGCAAAAGAGGAUGACCCCAAACCCUUUGGCUUAUCAGUGGAGGACAAGUCACAGGCUACAACACCUGACACAACUCCUGCUCGUACACCGACUGAUGAGAGCACACCGACUAGCGAGCCUAACCCAUUUCCUUUCCACGAAGGAAAGAUGUUUGAGAUGACCCGCAGUGGUGCUAUUGACAUGAGCAAGCGGGACUUUGUUGAAGAGAGGCUUCAGUUUUUCCAGAUUGGUGAGCAUUCCUCUGACCCUAAAACAGGGGAAAAGGGGAGAGGGGGCAAGAGCCUGGGGGUAAUUUCCUCUCAGUCACAAACAGGGGAGAGGUCCACAGUAGAUGGAAAGGUGAAGGUUAUAGAUACUACCACAGACAGCAGCACUACACCAACAACAUCAGCAGCAACAGCAGCAAAAGGCAGCCCUGCACAGCCUGGCAGUGACACUGGCUGUACCGGUACUGAUGGCCCCACCUGUGAAGCCAUAUCUGAGUCCGCCUCCUCUUGCACAAUCACAGCCUCUAAGGUUGAUCCCAAAUUACGUACUCCUAUUAAGAUGGGCAUAGCUGCCUCGAUAACUGUGAAAAAAGACUCGGGGGAUCUCACAGAUUGUAAAGCUGAGAUGUCAGAAGGACAGAUGGUGCCAGAAUACAUCAGUAUUGAGGGUCAGCGUACAGACACUCAGUCUAGCAGACAAACUGAACCCAAGUUAGAGAGAAAAGAUUACCCUUCAGAAAACUGCAACAACAACAAUAACCUUGAGUCCUCCAGUGUUCAGGCCAACUACAUUCAGUGCGGUAGUGUGGUGUUUAACUUGCAGUCCUCCUCUGAGCCCACUCUUCAGAAAGCUAGCAGGAUAGAAACACUCUGCUGUAGGGAUGUAGAAGAAAGUGUGGAUGCACACAAAAACGUGCAGGACCAGAAAAGUGAAGCAGUCAUAGAAAGUGAGGUGAAGCAGCAGCCCAAGUCAAGGCUCCCAGUUAAAGCAGCAGGGUGGUCAUUUCACACACAGGGAAAAGCCAUAGGCAAACAGAAGCCCAAGCAAGUAGUCAAAGUCGAAGUCAGGAAAAGAGGAGAGCCAGCCAUAGCCAAGGUAGAGCCCAGGUCUAGAAUACCAAUCAAGGGUGUUAAAAAGAGCAGCACUGCUGCUGCCGCUAGCUCAGUCGUUUCAGCUCGAGCUACCUCGCAGCCAACAAGAGCACUGAACUCAGAGAGAGCAGCCAUACGUUUGCCCUCAAGGCUACCACUGAAGGACAGGCAUCAGGUCAGCAAUGUCACAAGCGAGGGACCAUGUAGACAGGACAGACAGGAAAACCCCAAUGAAAUUUGUAAGCGCACCAUUGAAUACUUUAAAGACAUUAGCGGGGAGACGCUAAAGUUGGUGGACCGCCUGUCAGACGAGGAGAAAAAGACGCAGACAGAGCAGUCGGAGGAAGACAGCACCUCCCGGAGCACCUCUCUGUCGGACGCCUCCCAGCCUUCCCAGCCCUCCCAGCCCUCCCAGCCCUCCCGCUCAUCCAGGUCUGGUAGAGGUUCGAGGGCUGAGGCCGGGGCCGCGUCCGUAAGGGCAAAGGUGGCGACGACGGACAGGGCCUCCGGCAGUGAGAGGAGCAGGAGGAGUAGGCGGACUGGUGGGAAGGAGGGCAGUCAGGGACUCACAGGGUCUCGAACGCCUCCCAUCGCGGAGAUCAAGCCUAGUCCCCAAAGUCCUUGUGAGAGAACGGACUUGCGUAUGGCUAUUGUUGCAGAUCACCUGGGACUCAGUUGGACAGAGUUGGCUCGGGAGAUGAACUUCACAGUGGAUGAGAUCAACCACGUCAGACUAGAGAACCCCAACUCUCUGACAGCACAGAGCUUCAUGCUACUCAAGAAAUGGGUCAGUCGGGAAGGGAAAGAUGCCACAACGGAUGCCUUAACUACAGUGCUGACCAAAAUCAAUCGGAUGGAUAUUGUGACUUUACUGGAGGGCCCAAUAUUCGACUAUGGUAACAUUUCAGGCACAAGAUGUUUUGCCGAUGAUAACGCUGUUUUCCGGGAUCAGGCUGAUGAUUAUCAGAGCAUUCUAGCUGAGCUGCAGUCUCCCGCUGCACUGCGCUCUGACUCCCACUUCCUGGAACCCGAACUCCCAGUCACUCCAAACCCUUCCCUUUCUCAUCACCAGCCAGAGCCAGAAACCCCUUUGCCGGCCCAUUCCCACUCUCAAGCCUUACCCUGGAGCCCCGAGAUAGAACCCAGUAGGAGAGAGCCAAGCAGUCCCCCCAGGAGCCCCCCCAGACCCUCUGAGCUCUCCCUAACCUUCACAGCCUUUGAGCUACCUGAUCCUCUUCCCUCCAAGGUCAGAAAGCCCCACAUUGCUCUGAACGACCAGCUGCUGCUGAGCGAGGAGGAGGACAGGUCUUGUCAUGAAAUGGAGCUGACCUUCAAGCCCAGGUCACCCUCCUUCCCUACGAUGUGCGAGUUAGAAGUUGACUUGGCCUACUCCACAUCCUCACCUUCACCGGUGUCAUCGUUAUCAUCAAUAACCCCUUCUUCACCUGAUAGGGCACAGAGAUCAGAUGCAGGAGCACAGACGGGUGGCACCAGAUGGAUGCUGGGGGAUGUCGGGUUGAAAGGAAGUGAAAGGGAAGUGACAGAAGAAAUAAAGACGGUUGUUGAGAUGUCUACAGGAGACAUAGUGGGGGGGAACGAAUUAGUCGGAAUGUUGAUAGAGCAGGAUUUGAUUAAAAAUGUAGAAAGAAAAUGUGAGAUGAUAACUCAAGAUAGGUGUAGGCUGGCAGAGGAAAAUAGCACUUUAGUGGAACAGAAGGAGGGAUCUUUGCAGGGAGAGCAGCAUGUGCUUGUUCAAGAUGGGAAUAAGGAGACAGCCUGUGAGGUAGAAGAGGUAGGUCAUUUGCAUAAUCUGAUGGAAUUUGGCCAUAGAGUGGAAAAAGGUUGUUCCUUAGUAGAAGCGGUGACCAUUGAAGAGGAUACUGAUGAAAAACCACAGGUGAAAAGGGCGAAUGGGGACAGUAAGGAAGGAAGUUACGAGAACAGAGACGGAGAAGUGCAGUGUACGGAUCGAGGAGGGUUGUGUGGGAGUGAAAUUGAUAUUUGCGGGACAUCAGAAGGGGACCAAGCAGCCGAGGACCAGGCUGUAGAUCGCCUCUCCCCUCAACCCUGGGUUGAGGUGCUUGGAGAAUCUACUUCUACUGAAUCUGCAUCAAACGAGCAAGAGGAGGAGGGACACGGAGACGGACAAAUCACAGAGGGAGCUUUAGGAGCUCUGACGGAGGAGGCGAAGAGUGAAGAAGGCACAGAGGAAAAAGAGGAGGACGAAGAGUUGAUGGAGGCCACAGUUGAGGAGAAAAAUGAUCAGGUUGAACAGGCAGAGAAAAAAGACGUGUGUUCGCUUACAGGUUGGCACAGUGAUACGUCCAGCGUCAACGUGGAACCACCAACGCAGGGUCGCAGUGUCAGCUCAGACCGGCUGGACAGACGGGAAAGCCAAGAGAACUCCAGUGACUCCAUCACUUCCUCGUCUAGAGGUGAAUCAGGGAGAUCCCGGCAGAACGGCAGCAGCUCAAAGCACUCACCUCAGGGCGGCUCCUCUGAGUCAUCGAACGGCAGAAAGGAAGACGGAGCACUGGUGUCGGAGAAAAAAGUCAAGCAGGGGGUUAAUGUAGAUUCCGGUUCAGAGGAAGAACAGACCGUAACCACCAGAAUCUUCAGACGCCGUCUCAUUUUAAAGGGAGAAGAAGCAAAGAGCUUCCCCGGCGAGUCUGUUACGGAGGAACAUUAUAUGGACGAAGAUGGUAACCUCAUCAGUAGAAAAGUGAUUAGGAAGAUUAUUCGGAGGGUUUCUACUUCCACACCGGAAAGCCAAGGAGGUGACAGUUGGCACCAAGACCUCUGGUGCAGUCCCAUUCUGCAGGACGAUGUGUCCGAGCCAGGAGAUGUUCCAAGGAAUAGCAGGCGGAAGGAUGACAGAAGGUCAGGGGAUAAGAAGCUUCACUCAUAGGGAUGGUUGUGCUUUAUCAGGUGACGUAUUUUGUGCCUCACAGGAACCGGGUGAGAUGUUUCCUGGGAAUAAUUGAUCAGAGGGCUGAAGAGUUGCCGUGUGAGGACUUCUGACCAGGGUCCAGCCUGCAACUGUCUGCUCCAAACUAACGGUUUUUCACACGAGAGGAGUCGACCCUUGUGGCUUAACGCAUGAGCAUGAAAAACUCACUCACCCUGUCAAUCAAAAGACCCAGGAGGUUCUCACUGUCCGACUGAGGUGGACCUAUGGACCCACGAUUCUGCUUCCUGUUUUUUGUGUGAGACGAUAACACACCAUCGGUGCACAGGUGAAGUGAGGGCUCUGCGAGGAGCGAGGACUCCGGCUCUGGCAACCGCGAGGUGCAACUGUGACCAAAGAUGGCACAAGACGAGCUCAGUCCAGGACACAGUAACACACAGAAAGAAAAAUCUAACUGAACAAUUCUGAUUCAACUUCAACAACACUCGCCUUAUAGUUUUUUCUUGAACCCAUUGUUGUCAGGAUGUAAAUUGUUUUGGGAUUUUUUUCUCCUCCUUUUUAAAACUUAAACUAACACAAGAGCUUUUUCUCCCUGUAUAUAAUAUUACAAUGUGUAAAAUUCUUAAACAAAGGGUUUGUUUCCGGUCGAGGACACUGUGGGGAGAGAGAGACCUUCUCAAGUGCUUUCACAAUUUACCGAAAACAGUUCCACUUUUAAAGAUUUGAGUGUAACUUCACAGGUUCUUGUAUAAUUAAUUAUUAGAGCAGGUAUAAUGUUUGUACAUGAAAAAAAAGAAGAAGAAGAAGCUGGUUUGAUUUUAACAGAGGGACUUUCCAGAAAUUAAAAAUUUCAGUACUUCUCAAAAGUGGGAAUGGAUCUAAUCCUGCAAAAAAAGAAAACAACGCAGCCUUUCAGAGUUACUCCUAUUUUCAUGCAUGCUGUUCACAUUAUUUUAAGUACAAUUUUUACAAGUUUGCAAACACUGUAUUCAAAUGACGAAAUGAAACCCUUUAUCUGUGUGCACAUAUAUCCAAAACAUUUGUCACCGAUUUUAUAUUUUAAAUUUAAAAACGACACCAUUAAAGCAUUUAUCAUGUCGGGGGAGGGGGUGAGGACAAGAAAAAAAAAAAGUUCCAUAGCUUCUUGAGGGUGUGAUGUCUUGUCUAUGUAAAACCAGGGAGCAGCUUCUGCUACAAGAACGAAAUAAUCUGAAUGUAGAUGCUGGAAGGCUGGCUCGCUGUAAAACUAUAAUUGUAUUGUGCGUAUUGGCUAUAAGGUGUAGGAGUCUCUGUACACUGUUAGACUGUUUGUAAUCAUUUUAGCAGUGUGUCAAUUUGGUUCUUUUCUAAUGGCUGCUGUGGUGUUAAAAGGAAAACUGGGGGCAUUUCUUUUACAUUUUUUUUUUUACUUUGGUGAAGUAUUUCCUUAAUUUAUACUUACACUACAGACACAUAAAGACAUGGUUUGACUGUAGCUCUAAAUAGCAUAUUGUACGACAAAUACACUGGAUGGUCGAAAGCAAUUAUUUAAGCAUUAAAUAAAUUGUGUUUAACUCUGAA